GUGCAAAGAAUGAUUCAAAGAUCAACUAAUGUUAAUAUGAGACUUAUAUAUAAAUCAAGUGGGUGCCUUCCAACAUAUAUCCAAAACUGCUGUUUCUGUAGUAGGAAAUUCUUCUCUGCUGAUUUGCAGUAAGGGUAUAGUAACAUAAAGAGCAAAUUUCAUACUAAAAAGACUAAAGUGGCAUUACAGUUGUUGUAGUUUUCAGGAAUGUAUUUAUAUUUAUUUUUAAUUAAUAAUUUUUAAAUUCUGCAGUACAGAUCAUAACUAUGUCUUUCAGUUUUAUUUUCCAUCUUUUAAUUUGAUGGCGUUUGUCUUGCAGGCUGUUAAAACAUUUGCCCCCAUUUGCCUCUGUAGCUCUAUUAAUGUUAAUGCUCUUCAAUAAGUCAAAGAUUACUUCCCUUUUUUAACAAAUGUGUUUCAGGAGCCAGGCUGACUGUCUUAGUUUUUGUUUUUUGGGGGGGCUUAACCCUCGAGCUGAUAAGGACAGUUUGUUAAAACUGCAGAUGAUAAAAAAAAGUUAAGUUAUAUAUAGUAAGAAUUAUAUCUAGCACCUUUAAUGUGUGAAAAGGAAGUUAUUAGAGAUGUUAAUGUGAUGCCAUAUUAGACAAUGUUUAAAUGAAUAAUCAUUUGAGUGAUUACAACUUUGCACAAGAUUCUGCACAAUAAACCAUUUAUCCAUAUAAAAACAUACUCUUACAGUUGCAGAAAUUCUUUCAGAGAGGCUGCAUGCAGUUAAAAUUAAGAAGUGAAUCCAGAUCAUUUUUUAAUAUGCAGGUAUUAAAUGAACUUCAUCAGUGACAGGAGUUAUAUUUUUCUAUACAUUAAUAAACUAAUAAUGUCAAAGAUAUCUUUGACAGUUAUUGAAAAUGAUCAUGAUGUAACUGGUUUCUUAAGAUACCAGAAGUUUUUGAAACACAUAUCUAAUACUUCCUAUUCUUAAAGAAAUAAAGACUUUGCAUUAAAGAGUAUUAAAGCUGCACAUUUUCAACUACAUGUCUAAUAUAUAAUGUAAUUUUAUGUCUGUAAAUGUGGUGGCCUAAGGAGAGAGGAAGUGAUGGCCAGCAGUGUUUAGAGAAACUUCCUGGAAACUUAUUGUAGCGUAAAGAGGGAAGAAGUACAAGAGGAAGAGGAAGAGGUAGAGUCAGUUCAGAGCAGAGACACUCAGCAGAGAUCACUGACGAGAGAAGAGACAGAGAGGGAGAGACUGACUGACUGAAGUGAAUCAGGAUGUUUAUUCUCAUCUGGGCGACUCUGUUCUUCUUUGUGAGAGGCAACAAAAAUGGCACAGCUUCCUUUCCUGGAGGAAAACAACACUGCAUACAGAAUAAUUUCUGUGUCACUUUGACUGAAGGAGAAAUAUCAGCAGAGACUGGACUCUGUGUUGUUUUACAGUGUUCUUUCACUACUGCUGCUGAUUUUAAAGUUGAAAGUGUAAUUUUGUUCAAAUGUGAUCCACCUGAACGAAAAUGUGAUAAAUCUGACACACCAAUAUUUAACUCCAGUAACAGCGAAAAUGUUGAGCUUGACUUUAGAGGACGAGUGUCUCUGUUGGAGCCUGACCUGAGUCACAACAACUGCAGCAUUAUCAUCAAUGACCUGAAGACAUCAGACUCUGGAUCAUAUCAACUCAGAGUUGGUGGUACUUAUAAAGGGAAGGAGGAUGGCUUCACAUUUGAGUCUAAAGCAAAUGUUACUGUUACAGUUCUGAGUCAGAAGCCCACAGUGAUGGUUCCUCCUCUGACAGAGGGACAGAAGACCACACUGACCUGCACUGCUCCUGGUCUCUGCUCUGGAUCUGAUCCUAAAAUCACCUGGAUGUGGAGAGGAGCAGGAGAGAAGAACUCUCCCAUCACAGGAAACAUCACUGCUUCCAAGACUGAGAAUUUAACUGCUGUCACACAGAGAUGCAGUUCAACUCUGUCCUUUAACCCUUCAGCUGAACACCACGGCACAGAGGUCACGUGUAAGGUCAACUUCACAGGAGAUAUGACCACAGAGCAGACAGUGACUCUGAAUGUGAGCUAUGUGAAGGAAUUGAAAAUCAGUGGAAAUACAGCUGUGAAGAUGGGUGAUGCUUUGAAUCUAACCUGUAGUGUCGAUAGUUUCCCUGCAUCUGAUAUCACAUGGACUAUAUCUGGCUCCGACAAAAAUCUGCCUGAAAAACAUAAAACUGAAGCACAAAAACACAGUGGAUCAGUCUCUCUCAUUAUCCAUAAUAUGUCAGCAGGCGAUUUUGGACAAUACAGCUGUACAGCAAAACAUCUGAACAACACACUGACGAUAACAGUUGAUGUAACAGAGAAACCUGUGACCACUGGAACAACAACUGUGAGGAUGGGUGAUGAUGUGUCAUUUUUUACAAAGAUCUCUGCAUGUGAGCUUCAGUCAGACGUCCUGACCUGUGUGUGUAUCAGUAAGGGGUUUCCCUUACCCACCAUAAAAUGGCCGCUGUUAAAGAACUACACUGAGUACUCAGUCAUUACCACAGUGUCAAACUACACAGUCAACAGCACCAUGAUGCUGAUGAAAGAUCACAGCAACACUGUUGUUGAGUGUGUCAGCAGCAUUGAUAAAAAUGAAACAACAGAGAGUGACGUAGAACAAGGAGAUCAUCAUGGACUGAGUGUGGCUCCUUUCUUGACCGUUGCUGUUAUAUCUCUCAUUGUGAAUGUCGUCUUCAUAAUCUACUUUGUAUUCCUUUGGAACUCAAGGAAGAAGGUGAAGCCAAAUGAAGAGGACAGAACUUACAUGUCACUGCAGAAAACAGGAACAUCACCAGAGUACGAUGUUAUUGGGCAGCCUCUGAACUGAUAAAUGUGUCUUUAUAGAAGAGCGGCUGUGGCUCAGGAGGUAGAGCGGUUCACCCACCAACCAGAAGGCCAGUGGUUCGAUCCCCGGCUCCUCCACUCUGUUUACUGAAGUAUUAUUGGGCAAGAUACUGAACCCCAAAUUACCCCUGAUGUAUCAUCAAUGUGUGUGUGUGUGUUAGAGCACUUCAUAUGUAUAGAGGAAGUGCUGAGUGAAUGUCAGGUGUACUGUAAAGCACUUUAAAUGGUCAGUACUAGAAAAGCACUAUAUAAGUGCAGUCUGUUAUCAUUCAGCUCCACCCUUUAAAUUAACAUUCAACAUAACAUUUUCAUAUUUUUUCCAUCUUAACUGUAUUACUGAUAAAUGCUUUGGUAAUUAAUAGACAAUUUACAGAAAUAAUAUUGUUCUGUUUUAUUUUAAAGUAAAGUCAAUGCUCACUGAA